CAGCUGAUUAACCGCAAAAUGUCAACAUGACAUAAAGUUUUGUUUGUUGUAUUUUUAGGUAUAUUUUUACAAAAAGUGCAAUGGAUGGUAACUCCAGAGGAUUGGAAAGCUUUAAAGUAGUGCUUUUAGGCGAGGGAUGUGUUGGUAAAACUAGUUUGGUAUUGCAAUUUGUGGAAGACAAGUUUAAUAGUAAACAUAUAAGCACUGUGCAGGCUGCAUUUUUAAACAAAAAUAUAAACAUCGAUGGUAAACGGAUGAAAUUGGCAAUAUGGGAUACAGCUGGCCAAGAGCAAUUCCAUGCCUUGGGUCCUAUUUAUUACAGGUCAUCAAAUGGAGCAGUAUUAGUUUAUGAUAUAACCAAUCUAGACUCUUUCCAGAAGGGGGUCAAAACAUGGGUAAAAGAACUUAGAAAAAUGCUUGGAAAAGAUGUAUGUCUUGCAAUUGUUGGCAAUAAAACAGAUUUAGAAAAAGAAAGGGCUGUUUCAGUUGAAGAAGCUCAAGAGUAUGCAACAAAAGUAGGUGCAAAGCACUACUUUACAUCAGCUAAACUAAAUGAUGGAGUUGAAGAUAUGUUUUUAAGUUUAGCUCAAGAUAUGAUGGCUAAACGAGAAGAAAAACAAGCAAAUGGAAGUUUAUCCAGGCAAAACUCUGUAAGAAGAAAUAUGUUGGUGGUGGCAGAUGAUGAGAUGGAACCUCAACCCUCAAAAAGCUGCUGUGGGGCUUAACCAGUCCAGAACUGUUAUAUAACUAUAUAAAACGUGAUAUAAUAUAUGUCUAAACUAAAACUAGAUAAUUAAUCUCCAUAUAUACAUGGUUUUCAAACUAACGUCAGGACUAUUGCACUAACUUUGGUAAAAUGAAAAAGAGUUGGUAAUUGAAAUCUUUUUAGAGAAAUCGGCAAAAAAUUUAGCCCAAACAAAUUCAAUGGAAUAGUUUAGUGAUUGUAUUCUUUUAAAAAACUUACUUUUUUUAAAAUUCUUAAGGGAUUUUAGUUUAAAAUAUAUUUACAUAACUUAUGAUAGAUCAACAUUUUAAAAUAAAUAUAUAAUGACAAAAGCAAACUUUUUUGCCUGUAUGCAUAUUUAUUGUGGCUGUUAAACUAUUAGAGUUAGUAGGACUGACUGUAGAUUGAAAAGUAUAAAAAUACUAAUUCUAUACAGAGUGUACUAUAAAGCCUAUGACAAACACAGGAAGCUUGAUUUUAAUAGUUUUUCCAAAACGACCAGGGGUCAGGUCCGCUUUUAUUUAAAAAUCUCAAUGACUCGGAAUAGAAUCUAUUUACAUAUUUAUUAAUGCUUGAGGGGGAGUUUACUUCUGAGCCUUUGUUAAGCAUUAUUUGUUUUUUUUCUCAGUUUAAGCAUAAUCUCAAUUCUGUACUCAGGGUUUAACACACGUUGAACACACAAAUAAAUUUUUCAGUUAAAAAUAGUUUCAUAACGUUGAAUCACCUAACAAAAAGCCACAAGUUAUUAAUAUUAUUAUCAAGUUAUUUUUUUUUUUGUAUAUCCUCCUGGGACCCAGAGGUGUUUUUUUUUAGGAAAAAAAUCCUUUUAAAUUUCGUUUAAAAGUGUAAAAAGUAACAACUUUUGUUAAUAACUUUUUUUAUUUUUUUUUGAAGUUAACAAAAAAACUGGUGUCCAUUUAAGUGGACAUUGGGUCUUAAUCCCUAGAAAAAAUAGAUUAAACAAAAAUAUUUUAAAUUCUUAAAAUAAGAAAUACAUGUUUCAUUUUAAACUAACAUUUUAAAAAUAAAAAUAUAAAAAUGUCAACAUAUCUUAAGAAUUCAGAAAAUAUUAUAUUUCUGCAUGCAAAAUUAAAAAAAAUACAAGUUUUACUGAAAAAAAAAACGAAAAAUGCAGUUAUUUCAAAAUUGUUCAGAAUGAAACUCUUUGAAACAGUUUCUAUUGCUUGUUAUGCAUAAAAAAGUUUCGCAAGUAUCACAAUAAAAUUAAGUUUUUUUAUUACAAUUUUUUAAUUUGCAUCUUACAGAAUUUUUUAUCUCAGAAUCUAUUUCAGGAAAAUGUUUGCGUUUUUUUCUAUUAGUUAUUAAUACUGAUAUUUCCUGCUGGGUUUUUUCUAGUAGCCAUACUUCGUGGCAUGUCUAUUGCAGCAUCAGGCUGUCUUGUUAGCAAGUAUGCGGCAUAUCUCUAUUUUGAAUUCAAGAAAUUGCUGAACUUUUCGGGGAUGUGUUUUAAAAAAUGCUUUAUCUCUCCGAUAAAGAACCCAAGAGUUUGCCAUUGCCAAAUCAAACAAAAAAAUGGAAAUUUGUUCUUACUGUCCAUUUUCUUGACCUUGCUUGAAUUCUGUAGUAGCUGAUCAUUCUAUCUAUGAGAUCAAUUCCAGCCAUGCAGUCAUUGUAUUUUGCCACAAUUUCAGGUCUUGGGACUUGGAUAUAUUUCCCAUCUUUUUUUGACCAUCACUUGCACUCAUUGAUUGGUUGACUUCCUAAAGCCGUAGAUGCCAUUAGAACAGAUUUUAAAUCGUACCAUUGCACAACAACCAACUUGCCAUCCUCCCUUUUAAACUUUUCCGAGGUUCCACGAGCCAUUUUUGCCAACGUUUUGUUAGGUGUCAAGUGAACAGCUGCUGGUACACGUGACUUCAUUAUGGUACCAGUGAUAUACAAAUUCCGUUCAUGGAGGUAUUCAAGAAGUGGAAUGGUUGUAAAAUAUCUGUCGUGGUAAAUAUGUGAUCCUGGAAGCAACCGAACAACAGCAGACGGCCCAAUGCCAAGAUUUUUAGCUGUAUUAUCCAAAAAUGUAUUUUUGCCUUGAUACAUUUCAAAAUCUACAACAAGGCCAUCAGGAGCAGCACAUACAAAAUUUUUCAGUCCUUCAGGGUUGGGUUUACCUCUCACAAACUGCUUCAUGUGACAAAUUCCCGUGAAAGGAAUCAUCUGCUCGUCUACAGCAACAUUUUUUUCUCUGGGUAGCUGCAAACAUCCUUGUCUCACCCUUUCUAAAAUUGGACGUACUUUCCAAAAUCUAUCAGAUUUACGAUUAUCUUCAGAGAUGUCACCAUCUACCACAAGUUUUAAAUUGCUCCUUAUCACAAAAAAAACUGUCUCUGGCCAUAACAUCUGCAAUCGCUGAAACUCUAGUUGUUUUGGCCCAGUACAGUCUAAUCCUUGGAUACUUUAAACAGGACAUUAGGCAUACUACGCCAAAAAAUUGUUUUAUCUCACUUAACGUAAGUUUUAGAGAUAAUCCUUUUAAUUCAACAUAUCUAGCAUUUGUACAGUCGCACAUUGUUUGAAAAAGUUCAUCAUCAAUAUACAUUGCGAUUGUGUCUUCGACCUAUGUACUUCGACUUUCACAAUCAGAUUCAGCAGGAGAGGAAUUUCCAAAUUCCUGAGGUGAGAAUACAGGAUUUUUCUUCUAAACAGCUCUCCUUAAAGGAGUUGGAACUUCAUUGGAAGUUGUUAAAUUAUUUUUAAGGAUACUAAGAGGAAGGUUGUCCUCCUCAUCUUCACUGCUAGACUCAACAUAUUCAGCCUCAUCUUCUUGCUGGUUGUUUUCAAUAUCCAGAUCUUCAGUUGCCCCUUCGUCGUCGGACAUUCCACAGUCUGAGUCGUCCUGGUUAAGAUUCAAAAUUUUUCUCUAAACUUUUCGUCGUCUUCUCCAGGCCUCGAAAACUUUUUUCGGCCGAAUACAGCUAAAACAAACAAAAAGACGUUAAUAACAAAUUGUGGUGAUUAAGUCCAAUGUCCAUUAAAAUGGACAGGUAAUGUUUAGGCAGAUUAAAGAAAAAACAAAGGACCAAUAAAGAAACUAUCUACGUUAAAUUGUUAAAUAAACAUAUUUUAAAUUUCUCUAAAAAAAACAAAUAAAUUACCAGAUGUAGAGUACAUACCAUCAUAGGAAGUACGGCGCCCUGUCGCCAUUUUUUUUUUGUAAACAAACACUUGCGUCACCUCUCAAGCAUGUGGCUAAAAUGACGAUAUUCGGUCGUUGCGCGCAAGCACUUAGAACGAUAACCGCGCGUAUAUUACCAGAUAUUUCUAGAAAUAAGUGGAUUAAAAAUUUUUGUUUACGUGAAAAUGGACGCUGGGUCUCAGGAAAUUAUAUAAAUUACUUUAGCAAUCGGCAUUAAAUCGGCCAAUAUACAUUACUUAAAAACAAAAACAAAGGUAAGGACACAAAGUCACGGUCUCAUCCAAUCUAUAUAAUUUCUUAAAAAAGCUUAAAAGCUACACGUGUUUCGCUCCUGUUGGAGCAUCAUCAGGCCUAGACCUACACAGAUCACAUUACAACUCUAUUCUAUAUCUAUAUUAUUAUUAUAUAAUUUAUUAUGUUAAUUAUUUUACUAUUUUACUUUUAUUAACAUUACUUAAUUUAUUAUGUUAAUACCUGAAAACCGCUCCUUAGUAAAAAAAAAUUAACUCAUUUGUCGAAGUUUGUCAUAAAGCUUAUUGAACACCCUGUACAGAAAUUUGAAUCUUGAUAAUAUAUCUGACUUUUUUUAAAUGCUUUUAAACCAUUUUUUUUCAAACAUUAUUGAUUAUGUAAAAUUAUAAGUUUAAUUUUAGCGCAUUUAUUGUAAAUAUUGACCCCUUUGUGUAAAUUUAUAUGGAUUAAAAAUAUUUGAUAAUACAUAAUUCAUAUGGUAGGA